GAAAAAAAAGAAGCUCUCUCUCUCUCCUCUCUCUCUCUCUCUCUCUCUCUCGCGUUGGUAGGACUGUGUCUUAGUUCGGUGCGGUUCUCAUACGCUAUAUCGAGGCUGUCACAUAUACGUAUUGAAGAUGAUUAAUACUCCUGCGCUUACUGCACGUGUAUUCACAUUCUAGGGCUUUCACCCUGUCCGAUUCAGGUACUACGACUAGUUGUUGUUUGAAGAUCUCGGUUCUUUGUCUGAUUUUGAUUCCCGAGAAACUCUCCUCCAACUGUCCAGCUCGAUCCGAUUCGGAUUCAGAAGUCAUAACAAACAUAUAUAUCGAGAGAGAGAGAGAGAGAGAGAGAGAGAGAGAUAGAGAGAGUUGGAAAAGUCACCGUCUUCUCGCUUUCGGUGCGCGCUUCAACAUGGGAAUCGUUUCUGUUAGGCUUCUCGGUGGUUGAGGUUCAUCGUCAACAUGCCUUCUCUUCAGCUAUUGCAGUUAACUGAACGUGGUCGCAGCCUUUUGGGUUCGAAGAGGAAGAUUUUAUUACUUGCUACCGGCGUGAUAGUUGGUGGUGGGACUGCUGCAUAUCUGCAAUCUCGGUAUGGUAGCAAAAAGCCUGAUUCUUAUGGUCAUUGCAACGGGCUCAGUGAUAAUAAUGAACAAUUGGAGGUGGCGGGUGGAAACGAAAAUAUUGUUAAGAAAAGUAGGCAAAAAAAGAAAAGUGCAUUGAAGUCACUUCAAGUUUUGGCUGCAAUUCUUCUAUCUCGUAUGGGGCGCAUUGGUGCAAGGGAUAUUCUAGCUUUAGUUGCCAUAGCGGUGUUGCGAACUGCUUUGAGCAAUAGAUUAGCAAAAGUGCAAGGAUUCCUAUUCCGUGCUGCUUUUCUUCGACGCGUACCAAUCUUUUUCCGUCUGAUUUUUGAAAAUCUUGUACUUUGUUUCCUUCAGUCAACCUUGCAUUCUACAUCAAAGUACGUAACAGGGACUUUAAGCCUCCGGUUCAGAAAAAUAUUGACAAAGCUUAUCCAUACCCAGUAUUUUCAGAACAUGGUGUACUACAAAAUAUCACAUGUUGAUGGUCGGAUACCUAAUCCAGAACAAAGGUUUGCUAGUGAUGUGCCAAGGUUCUGUUCCGAGUUAAGUGACCUUGUACAGGAGGAUCUUAUAGCCGUUACUGAUGGUCUGCUCUAUACUUGGCGCCUGUGUUCUUACGCAAGCCCAAAAUAUGUUUUCUGGAUACUGGCCUAUGUAUUAGGAGCGGGGACAAUGAUCAGAAACUUCUCCCCUGCAUUCGGGAAACUAAUGUCUAAAGAGCAACAAUUGGAAGGGGAGUAUCGGCAGGUUCACUCACGAUUAAGGACUCAUGCUGAGAGCAUAGCAUUUUAUGGAGGUGAAACUAGAGAAGAAUCUCAUAUUCAGGAGAAGUUUAAAACUCUUGUUCGGCAUAUGAGCGUUGUUCUUCAUGACCACUGGUGGUUUGGCAUGAUCCAAGAUUUCUUGCUUAAGUAUCUCGGUGCUACGGUUGCUGUUAUCUUGAUUAUUGAGCCCUUCUUUUCUGGUGACCUAAGACCUGACACUUCAACUUUAGGAAGGGCAGAGAUGUUGAGCAAUCUACGAUAUCAUACUAGUGUUAUAAUAUCACUGUUUCAGUCCCUUGGAACCCUUUCCAUUAGUUCAAGGCGGCUAAAUCGACUUAGUGGUUAUGCAGAUCGUAUUCAUGAACUGAUGACCAUAUCAAGGGAGCUAAUUGUUCAAGAUACACCUUCUCUGCGAAGAAAUGGGAGUAGGAAUUAUGUUACCGAAGCUAAUUACAUCGAGUUUUCUGAUGUCAAGGUUGUUACCCCAACUGGUAAUGUUUUGGUGGAGGAUUUAACCCUUAAGGUUGAAUCAGGAUCUAAUCUAUUAAUUACGGGUCCGAAUGGUAGCGGCAAAAGCUCACUUUUCCGAGUUUUAGGAGGGCUUUGGCCACUGGUGUCUGGCCAUAUUGUGAAACCUGGAGUCGGUUCUGAUCUCAAUAAGGAAAUUUUCUAUGUGCCGCAACGACCAUACACAGCAGUAGGAACCCUACGCGACCAGUUAAUCUAUCCUCUUACUGCGGAUCAAGAGGUUGAGCCACUGACAUCCAGUGCAAUGGUUGAGCUGUUGAAAAAUGUUGACCUUGAGUACCUAUUAGAACGGUACCCACCUGAAAAGGAGAUAAAUUGGGGCGAUGAACUCUCUCUGGGUGAACAACAAAGAUUAGGAAUGGCCAGGCUCUUCUACCAUAAACCCAAAUUUGCUAUUCUUGAUGAAUGCACCAGUGCCGUGACAACUGAUAUGGAGGAACGCUUUUGUGCAAAAGUCCGAGCAAUGGGAACAUCUUGCAUCACCAUAUCCCAUCGCCCAGCGUUAGUGGCAUUUCAUGAUGUGGUCCUUUCCUUGGAUGGAGAAGGAGGCUGGCGUGUUUAUUACAAGAGGGAUGAUUCUCCAGUUAUUACUGAAUGUGACGUUAAUACAAUGAAGCUUUCUGAUACGGAACGCCAAAGUGGUGCAAUUGCUGUUCAACGUGCGUUUGCCAAUACCAGAAAGGAUUCUUCAUUCGCAAACGGAAAGUCACAAUCAUAUACUCCAGAGUUAAUAGCGUCAUCUCCCUUUGUGGACUGUGAUGUCAAAUUGCCUGUCGUUCCACAACUCCAGAGUGCUCCAAGGUUAUUACCACUGAGAGUAGCUGCCAUGUUUAAAAUACUGGUACCCACAAUGCUUGAUAAACAGGGAGCACAACUCCUUGCAGUUGCUUUACUUGUGAUCUCGCGAACGUGGAUAUCAGACCGCAUUGCCUCUCUAAAUGGUACCACUGUAAAGUAUGUCUUGGAGCAAGAUAAGGACGCCUUCAUUCGGUUGAUUGGUAUCAGUGUUCUUCAGAGUGCUGCAUCUUCUUUCGUUGCACCUUCUUUGAGACACUUGACAGCGAGGCUUGCCCUUGGAUGGAGGUUUCGGUUGACACAACAUUUACUGAAGAACUACUUGAGAAAGAAUGCAUAUUACAAGGUGAUCCACAUGUCGAGAAUGAAUAUUGAUGCAGAUCAGAGGCUAACUCAAGACCUUGAGAAGUUAACCACUGACCUGUCAGGGCUGGUUACGGGAAUGGUAAAGCCAUCUGUUGACAUUUUAUGGUUCACCUGGAGAAUGAAGCUGCUGACUGGAAGGAGAGGAGUUGCCAUUUUAUAUGCUUAUAUGUUACUUGGUCUAGGUUUUCUAAGAAGUGUUGCUCCUGAUUUUGGUGACCUGGCCAGUCGAGAACAACAACUUGAAGGAAGCUUUAGGUUCAUUCAUGAGAGACUGCGUACACAUGCUGAAUCUGUUGCAUUUUUUGGGGGUGGUGCCCGAGAGAAAAUGAUGGUCGAAUCAAGAUUCCAGGAGCUUCUUGAUCACUCUAAGAUACUUCUUAAGAAGAAAUGGUUAUUUGGUAUACUUGAUGACUUUAUCACCAAGCAACUCCCGCAUAACGUUACUUGGGGCUUGAGCUUGUUGUAUGCUAUGGAACACAAGGGAGACCGGGCCUCAACUUCCACUCAAGGCGAGCUGGCUCAUGCACUGCGUUUCUUAGCAUCUGUCGUAUCCCAAAGCUUCAUGGCUUUUGGUGAUAUUCUUGAACUACAUAGGAAGUACCUUGAACUCUCUGGAGGUAUAAAUCGAAUUUUUGAGCUGGAGGAGCUUCUUGAUGUUGCUCAAAAAGAUGAUCCGGUUGCUUUUGAUGAAUCGCCAAUUCAAUUGACAGAACCUCUCUCUACUGAUAUCAUUUCCUUCUCCAAGGUUGAUAUUGUUAGCCCCGCACAGAAAAUGCUGGCUACAAAGUUGACUUGUGAUAUAGUACCAGGGAAAAGCCUGCUUGUUACUGGUCCAAACGGGAGUGGGAAAAGUUCUGUCUUCAGAGUCCUUCGAGGCCUUUGGCCAGUUGUCAGUGGAAGACUUGUCAAGCCAUCUCAACAGCUUGAUGAAGAGUCUGGAUGCGGUUGUGGCAUCUUUUAUAUUCCGCAGCGACCUUAUACGUGCUUAGGAACUCUAAGGGAUCAAAUCAUAUAUCCACUCUCUCUCAAGGAAGCAGAGGAAAGGACCUUAGCUUUGUAUAGAAAUGGUGAAAUGUCAGUUCCCCCCACAACGAUUCUUGAUGGGCGUUUAAAAGCGAUUCUAGAGAAUGUUAAAUUGCUCUAUCUCCUGGAAAGAGAAGGUGGUUGGGAUACUAGCCAGAACUGGGAAGACAUCCUCUCUCUUGGAGAGCAGCAGAGAUUAGGCAUGGCACGCCUCUUCUUUCACAAGCCGAAAUUCGGCAUUCUUGACGAGUGCACCAAUGCCACAAGUGUUGAUGUCGAAGAGCACCUUUAUAGGCUAGCACGUGAAAUGGGGAUCACUGUUGUUACCUCCUCCCAGCGUCCCGCUUUAAUACCAUUCCAUUCGACGGAACUACGAUUUAUUGACGGUGAAGGCAAGUGGGAGCUUCGUGCAAUUAAGCAGUGAGUUGAUACUGUCAAUCACCAUUUCUGCUAUUUUCUCUUAUACAAUUCGUCGUCAUGUCCUGGAUGUGUGGUGGUGCGAGCACUUUCAAAUUUAACUGUUCUACGGCUGGUCGCGGCACGCGCACAAUUAGGGCCGGAAAGCAAAGCUUAGCAUACCAGAAAGGUGUUCUGUUUCUUAGUACCAUAUUAGAGAUUAUUCAUUCUUAUUUAUUGAGUUAUAUAUUUAGCAUUAUGUAUAGGCAUUUAUUUGCUAUUCAUAGCUGGUUCUUGUAUGUUGUAAAAAGAAAACUUGAUGCUUAAAUCAUUUUGGUUUCCCCAUAAAUAAAAUAACCACCAGGGAAACCUGGGGGUUCCCCUA